AUGGCCGUGGGUCAUGAUACCAUCGUCCGUCAGAGGACUGGGUCACGACAUAUGGUAAUGCUUCAGCGGAAAGCGUCGCGAAGAGUUGCCGAGGGGAGGAGGCUCGGCUCUUCAAACAGGGAAACGGACUCGAUUUUUCGUCGUUGCAAGGUCUGUGUCUUGGUCGGGACGGUUGUUGGAGUAUCCGUGGGGGCGGUGGUAAUGGAGGAUUGUAUUGUUCGUGUGGGGGGAGGAGAAGAAGUGUCGGUUGCUGCUGUCAAUGUCGUACUUCUACUUGGUAGCGGUACGGGGCCGGCAGCAGCGAGGGGUGCGGUCGCGAGCGAUAGCGCGAGCGCGGUGGUGAGGGGGCGCAUCAAGGACCAUGGUCGCGAAGAACUGUCACGCUGUUUUCGCAACCGCCGUCUUGACGUUGCCGCCACUGGUGUAGAAUUUGAAGUUGAUGAGGCGAGAAGGUCGUCAUCGUCGCUGUCGGUGCCAGAGAACGACGCGCGGGCCGACCUGGAUGCUCGCCGUCUUGAAGAGGAUGAGGAUGAUGAUGAUCGAUAUGUUGAUGAAGGGCGGGGCGCGACACAGUCAUCACAAGCGCAGGGGGGUGUUGAGGGUCCGGCGUCGACGGCUUCGUCGCCAAAGUCGAGGAUGGGUCCCCCAAUGUUCCAACGCCAUGGUGAUGAUGUCGAUUGUCGCGGUGGCCCCGGGUGGCCGUCCGAAGCGGAUCUUCGACGUUUCAUCGCAUAUGUAUGGUGGAAACGGUUGGAUGUGUCGAACUCGACGGGAAGAGUGGGCGAGCGAGGCGCGCAGGUGGAAGGGUCCUGCGCGCGCAACGUGCUCGGGUUAUGCUGCUGGACUCAAAACAGGCUAGGCGAAAAGGACAGGACGGGGUGGUGA